AUGAAGACUGCUCAGCUCGCCGGCCUUUUGGCCCUCCUGCCCGCCGCUUUGGCUUGCAACGCCUACACUGGCGGUGUGCCCGCGGCUACGUCUACCAAGUCGAACAGCGCUGUCAUCGAAGUCAAGGCUGGUCAGGUCUUCGACUGUGGAUGGGCGAGGUACGAUCGUGGCAGUGGUGCUUGCAAUGAACAGGCUGAGGGUGGCGACUCCGACGCGGUCUUCCUCCUCCGCUCAGGCGCCACUCUCCGCAAUUGCAUCAUCGGCAAGAACCAGGCCGAAGGAGUCCAUUGUGACGGCCCAUGCAACCUCGAGUAUAUCUGGUUUGAGGAUGUGUGCGAAGAUGCUAUCACUAUCAAGAACGACGUGGCUGGACAGGAGACCAACAUCGUGGGUGGAGGUGCGUACCACGCGUCAGACAAGGUCGUCCAGCACAACGGCUGCGGUACCGUCAACAUCUUCAACUUCUACGUCGAGGACUACGGCAAGCUCUACCGCUCUUGUGGCAACUGCAGCAAGCAGUGCAAGCGCAACGUCUACAUCGACGGAGUGGAUGCCCAAGAUGGUGGCGAGUUGGCUGGUAUUAACAGCAACUACGGCGAUACCGCGACGAUCAAGAACGCGUGCUACGAUACUGCUCAUCCGUGCCAGAUGUACACUGGCUGCGCUGGUGGCUGCGAGCCGGCUAAGGCUGGGUACUGCAGCGGUUAA